GCCGGAACGAAGUCUAGUAGUAGUAAUUCCAUGUACGAAGCUCCCCUCGGUUACAAGAUUGAGGACGUUCGCCCGGCCGGAGGAAUCAAGAAGUUCCAGUCUGCUGCCUACUCCAACAUGGAAAUGUCUUUGGCUGACUGCUGGGGCUCUGCCCCUGCCUCCCCUAUUGGGUUUGAGGGCUACGAGAAGCGCCUUGAGAUAACUUUCUCCGACGCGCCUGUCUUUGCGGACCCCUGUGGCCGUGGCCUUCGCGCCCUCUCUCGCCAGCAGAUCGACUCCUUCCUCGAUCUUGCACGGUGCACCAUUGUGUCCCAGCUCUCGAACAAGCAGUUCGACUCUUAUGUGCUCUCGGAGUCGAGUCUCUUUGUGUACUCCCACAAGGUUGUCAUCAAAACCUGUGGAACCACAAAGCUUCUGCUGUCGAUUCCUCGCAUCCUCGAGCUUGCUGCGGAGCUGUCGCUGCCUCUUCUUUCUGCGAAGUACUCCCGCGGGACGUUUAUCUUCCCUGGCGCGCAGCCCGCGCCUCACCGCAGCUUCUCGGAGGAGGCAUCCGUCCUGAACGACUUCUUUGGUGGCCUCAAGUCUGGUGGCAAUGCGUACGUGAUGGGUGAUGCGUUCACGCCCAAGAAGAUGUGGCACGUCUACUAUGCCACGGAGGAGCCUGAGCAACCCAUGGUCACGCUCGAGAUGUGCAUGACUGGGCUGGACGCAAGGAAGGCUGCGGUGUUCUUCAAGAACUCUGCCGACGGCGGCUGCUCCUCGGCCAAGGAGAUGACCAAGGUCUCGGGGAUCUCUGCUAUCAUCCCCGAGAUGGAGAUCUGCGACUUCGACUUCGACCCGUGCGGGUACUCGAUGAACGGCGUCUGUGGCCCUGCAGCCUCCACGAUCCACGUCACUCCAGAGGAGGGCUUCAGCUACGCCAGCUAUGAAGCCAUGAACUUCAACCCUGGCUCCCUGGUUUACAGUGACCUGAUCAAGAGGGUGCUGUCAUGCUUCCGUCCGUCAGACUUCUCAGUCGCCGUCACCAUCUUCGGUGGCCACGGCUUCGCCAAAUCAUGGGCGACCAGUGCGGAGGUUGGCUCCUCCUACCUAUGCGAUGAUGUCGUCCAGCAGGAGCUUCCAGGCGGUGGCCUGCUCAUGUACCAGAGCUUCAGCGCGGUUGCCCCUGGCGCCGUGUCGCCGAGGUCGACCUUGGACGAUGGCUGGAGCAGCGACGGGAUGGAGACGGCCGUGCAGGGCGAGGAGGCGUGCGUCUGGGGAGUGAAGAAGAAGUCUGCCGGGAAAGAUGUCGUCGCUGCCUGAGAGAAAUCCAGAGACGUCUGAAGUCUCUGAGAUGGUAUUCUGCUAUGGUAGUAUCGGUUAAGCAGCUGGCCGGGUGACCGGCAAAGCGUAUCUUGUCUACUGUUUGUUUUUAUCUAUUGUUUCUGCUGAAUAAGUGCUCUAGAUGGUCUGCUGCGUCUGCCAUAAUGAGCGAAGUAUAUUUGUUUCUGUCGCCGAUGCUCUUGUGGGGAGAAUGAUAUUGUAACUCGACUGUGUUCAAACCAAUGUUGGAGUUAUCCGUUAAUCUUGUCAACUUACAAUAAAGUUGCGAGUUAUGUUUGA